CGGGCUUCCGAUUGUACCGUGUUUCGAUCUCGACACGAGUCUCUCAGAUCUUUUAAUUGCUUACACUUGUUCGAGAGUAACAACUCAAUGUCAUCUGUGGAGGUAGAUCUGGGUUUCCUGGAGGAAGCGGAUCCUUGGCGACUUCGCUCCCCGCAGUUUCCCAGUAAAGUGGGAGGUAAGCCGGCGUGGCUGAGCCAGACCGGCCUGCCGUCUGUGGCCGAGCUGGAGUGCCAGAAAUGCCGCCUGCCCAUGGCUUUCCUGCUGCAGGUUUAUGCACCGGUGUCAGGUCUGGACAGAUGCUUCCACAGGACACUCUUUUUGUUCUGCUGCAAAACACCAGAGUGCUAUACCAGAGGUGACAGCCGUUGCAUGAAAGUGUUCAGGAGUCAGCUCCCAAGAAGAAAUGACUUCUACUCCUUCGACCCUCCACCAGAGGACGAACCCCCAAGUGAUGACGAUCCAAAGCAGAGUGUUCUGCCGUCCUCUGGGGUGAAGCUGUGCUGGGUGUGCGGUUGUCCUGGCAACAAAGCCUGCGCCCGCUGUCAUACAGUCACUUACUGUGGGAAACACCAUCAGACGCUUCACUGGAAAAACACACACAAGAGAGAGUGCUGCAGUCAAGAAGCAGCAGUGGCCACGGCUUCAUCUUUUCUCUUCCCUGAGUCUGAGCUGGUGACUGAGCCUGAAGAGGAACAGCGUGAAAGAGAGGAGGAGAAACAGGAGGCUCAGAGGAGUGAUGACUGUCCGUCAUUAGCAGAAGGUCUUGCUGAGUCAGAGCUAGAAGAAAUGGCUCUACACGAGACGGAAGACAGCAAAGUGUUCCAGCGGUUUAAGAGGAGAAUCGCAACAGAGCCUCACCAGGUGUUGCGUUACACCAGAGGGGGUUCUCCUUUAUGGGUCUCCUCACAGCUCAUUCCCUCAGAGCAGGACAUCCCACCGUGCACCUGUGGGGCCAGAAGGACCUUCGAGUUCCAGGUGAUGCCACAGCUGUUGAACAGCCUGAGAGUGGACUCCACCGGCGCCAGCGUGGACUGGGGCACUCUGGCGGUCUUCACCUGCGCGGACAGCUGUAACCAUGAUGACCAGUAUUGCACAGAGUUCAUCUGGAAACAGGACUUCAGCUCAGAUCAGCACUCACUCAAUAAGAAGCCAUGAUUGCUUUAGGAAUGCACAAAUCAGAAACCGACAGAACUGAAGACAUAAAGAUUAUGACCACCUGUGGUUAGGUCCAGGUCUCUCCAGUACUUCUUGUGAGAUGUUCCUGCUCAUCAUGAGUUGCUCACCAACUGUGAGCUGGGGGGUCUGUACUGACCCAUCUACCGCCCAAACCACCUUUAAUGGACAUGUGAUCCCAAAACAGGAUAAUGAAUAUUUGAACUUUUGGACUGAUUCAUUGUCUGGUGUUUAAUAUAUUCCAUUUCUGUGUGUAUGUGUGUGCAGUGGUGGAUUGGAGCCUAUAGCAUUCACAGCAGGUGAUAGGUGGGGGGCGACAUGCAGCAGUGGUCACUCAUAGACACUGGCACCCACCUCCACGCCAGCCUCAGACUCUUAAGAUUUACCGCUUUGUUUGUGCCCAGAAGGGAGGACAUACAAACUUGACAAGUACAGACCUGGGUUUUAAUCUCAUUCACUCACAAGCCGAUAUGCAGUUUGACCAUGUAUUUUAAACUUCGCUGAUUUAAAGAUGCAUUUAUUUGUAAAGUGCCUGGGGCUUCACAACAACAAAGGCCAUGAACAUGAUGCUCCUGUCUGGGUUUUUACAGGUGCAGACACAAGGAUGUAAACUGAACUCCAUUGAAACACACCACCAGUAAAUGUGAAGCAUAUAUUAAGACAGAACAUAUUAAUGUUGCUACCAACACUAAACAGUGUA